GGCGCCAUUAUCCCCAAGUUUUACGGCCUUCUACGCUACAACGGAACAAGGGCUAUACUUCUCGAGUAUUUGGGGGGCAUCUCGCUGUCCGCGCCCGAGGGCGUAACCAUAACCUUGGAGGAGCUGUCAAGUUUGCUACAGCUAUACUACCAAGCAUUCUACGCCUUUGACGUACAUCAAGAUAACGCUAACUUGUCAAACUUUUAA